AUGCGCUCAAUUCUACUGAUUGUAUUUGGCUUUGUUUGUGUUAGUGAUGCGUUAUUGGGAUUUGGAUUUGAGCAGACAGCAGCGAUCAAAGGACGGCUAAUGUGUAACGGACGACCAGCGAGAGACGUUGUCGUCAAAAUGUAUGACAAAGAUCUCUUAUUCGACUCGAAAAUGGGCGAAACAAAGACGGAUUCGGAUGGAUAUUUCAGUAUGGUGGGCAAGGGGAGGGAGAUCAGUACCGUCGAUGCCAAGGUCAAUUUCUAUCACAACUGCGAGAACAGUAUGAUAAGGUCGGUUUUUGAGUGCCCCCGGAAAUUCUCGAUCUACCUGCCCACAAAAUACAUUUCUCAUAGCAGCAACCCCGAGCUUGUCUACGACUUUCAUCAGAUGGAACUGGCGGGCCGAUUCCCGGACGAAUCGCACGAUUGCCUACAUCGA